GCCAUGCUUCACCGUAGGGAUGGAUGGUGCCAGGUUUCCUCCAGACGUGACGCACAUUAAGAGUGGAAGCCUUUUCUGCUACAAUAGUUUUUGUUUUAGGAUAGUGCUUUUAUGGUGAUGUGAGGGCCGUCUAUUGCGCCGUUCGUAUUUGGGAAUUUGAUGGCAAUGGGGAACGAUUUCUUAUGAGCCAAUCUUUACUUUCUCACAAAAAAAAGUCCCACCUGUCUCUAAAAACACGCUCACUACGAAAUGCAGCAUAUGCCAAAUCUUACAACAGAUUAGAGACUCUAAUUUAGCAAAAUGACUACGUCAUAUGGAUAAUUAUCACAAGAUGCACUGAUGUGGUAAAAUUAUAUAUAGCCUGUAGAGAGAUGUUGCAUGAAUUCACAAUGGAAAUACAAUUCAAUCGAAGAAAAAAAAGAAGGAAUUAUUAGGCCUGCUCUCAUUUUCUCACUCAUAUUCUAUGCUUGACAAGCAGUUCCCUUGUCACUUGACACUGUGCGUACGCAUGGUCAUGGCUGUGCGUAACUUUACGUACACGCUCAAGCAAACUUUCAGAAUUAUAAAUCUCACUUCGUGUGGGAAUGAUCCCACGCAUGGCCGACUACAUCAAUUUGCCCAAGGUCAAUAUUUCAGUACCUAUGUUUGUCCUCUGUAGUUAAAUGCCUUUAUUUUUUUGUUGAAAUCCAUACUUUUUCAAUUAAAGUGAAACAGAUACAACUACUGUUUCCGUGUUGAGAUUCAAUUGGCACAUGCGCAUUUUGCGCUGAGUUGCCGUCUUAGAGCUACAGCUAUAAACAAACAGUUGGGAGAAUGUAUUUGAUUAUCGUUUACUGACAAAGUAUGGAUUUCAGCAAACAGAGGCACGCAACUACAGAGAACAAACAUAGGUACAUGAUGUUCCGGAGUCCACAAUGACAGCAGGUCCAGAAUACCGCUCCGUGUUUGAGUACUGUCUUCAAGACUCUGCUCUACAGGAGGUGCGAGAAGUUACCGGUGUUCAUGAGCCUCCUGUACACACCAAGAAUCCAUCACACAGUCAUGGAGUGGCUGUGUGCCCCAAGGAGGAUCUCCAGGAUGAUGAACAGCCAGAGAGAGAGAGCAGCCUGGGUAGAGAUGUGUCUGACAGGAUGGUGUGCUCGGCCUGCCAGUGCCCCUUCGACUCCCGGGAGGAGCAGAUGGAGCACUACAAGCUUGACUGGCACCGUUUCAACCUGAGACACAGACCAUCUGGUCAAACACCUGCCACAGUGGAGGAGUUUGAGAGGAAGACCGGUGUAGGAGACAUGUCUAGCAUCUCAGGUUCUGACUCGGAGGACGAGGAACCAGACAGUGACUGGGUCGUGGAGAACGCCGAGGCGGCUCCUCUACAGAAGGACGACGGUGGUCUAGAAGCGGAGUCGUUCGGUCGCCUCUCCAACCGGGUCGUGUUCCAGAACUCUCAGGGGCAGUACCUGGCUGUCUACCGCUGUGUUCUGCAGAGCAAGUCUGCCAUAGAGGAAGACCUGGUGGCCUCUCUACAAAGUCUCAGUAACAAGACUAUGUGGGUCAUUCUGAUGGCAGGUGGUGGACACUUCGCUGGAGCUGUAUUUCAAGGGAGAGACGUGUUGCAGCACAAGACGUUCCAUCGGUACACUGUGAGAGCCAAGCGGGGGACGUCCCAGGGCCUGAGAGAUGCCAAGAACAGCAGUCAUGCCCCUAAAUCAGCCGGAGCUGCCCUGAGGCGGUACAACGAGGCUGCACUAGUCAAGGAGAUCCAGGACCUGCUGGAGAGCUGGUCUGACCACCUGACUGAAGCCAGUGCCAUCUUCCUGCGUGCACCCAGUCAUAAUAAAACCAUGUUCUUGGGGGGUAAAGCGGCUCCGCUGGUGAAGAAGGACCCUCGGAUCAGAACACUGCCCUUCCCCACACGCAGAGCCACCUUCAGAGAGAUAAAGAGAGUCCAUGAUGUCCUCUCCACUCUAAAUGUAUAUGGUAAAGACACUGACAUCUCUGACAUCCUGAGUCCCUCAAACAAAGUAUGGAAGAAGGCACGUACACCUGUGGCUCAGCCAGAACCUUACCAGGAGACAACAGCACCCCUAGUAGAGGAGGAGGAGAGUUCAGGAGAGGAGCUGGAGCUGGAGACGGUGGAGGUGACUCUGGGAACCCUGGACCUCCGGGAGUAUGAGAUCUACCCUGCCAGGAGGAAGAAGAGGAAGGAGAGACGCAGAACAGAGGACAGAGGUCUAAGUAACAGGGAAGCUGUGGGGUCCCCUGCUGCUGCUGAAGACACUAACCAGGAGAGAGGAGGAGAGAAGAACCAGGAGAGAGGAGGAGAGAAGAACCAGGGGAGAAGGAAACCCAAGGGGAAGAAGACGAUACAGCAUGAAGAGGAGGAGCCUGAUGAGUCCUGGGACUAUGGCCUGAGGGAUGCUCUCUACACCGCCUGUAAGACUGGAGACCUGGACACCCUCAUCAGACUGUUACCAGUGAGGAGGGGAGAGCAGGGUGGAGAGGAGGGGGACCAGGAUGGACAGAGGGAGGAGCAGGGUGCAAAGCCAGAGGGAGAGAAGAAUCAGGGAGAGGUGGAGGAGAGCUGCUCUUCCCAGGCCCCUGCAGCCCAGGCCCCUGCAGCCCAGGCCCCUGCAGCCCAGGUCCCUGCAGCCCUGAGUCCACUAGCCCUACUCAACCAGCCCAUAGACUCCUCAGGAUUCACUCUGCUCCAUGUGGCCUCAGCAGCAGGACAGAAAGGAGUGGCCAAGCUGUUGAUGGAUGCAGGCAGCGACCCGGCAUGCAAAGAUCAGACAGGCCAGACGCCUUACAUCGUUGCUCCUGACAAGGACACGAGGAACAUGUUCAGGAAGUACAUGGCUGAUCACCCUGACAAAUACAACUACAGCAAGGCUCUGGUUCCUGGGCCGCUGACGGCAGAGUUGGAGUCCAAGAAGACGGAGAAGAAAAAGGCCCAGAAAGCAGCAAAGAAAACGAGGGAGAAAGAACAGAGAGAACAGAGGAAGAAACUAGAGAUGGAGGCCGAGGAGAAGAAAAAAUUUGCCUCCUUAAGCGAUCGAGAGAAGAGAGCACAGGCUGCAGAGAAGAGGUUGGCAGAGCACAAGGCAUCAACAGGGGGAGACCUUUCAAACACCAGGUAACAUUACGAAGACC